AGGAUUUGCUCUCUCCAUUCUCGUCUUUCAAAAUUUUAAAAAAUCACACAAGUAUAUACAUAUAUAGGCGAUAUACUUAUUAUUAGUAUAGUUAUGUUUUAUAUAGUUCUCAAAGUAUUUCAUUUUGGGUUAUUUUUUUAACUAGUAAAUAACAAUUGUAGGAUAUACAAGUAAUUGGUUUAAUUAAUGAAAUAACAGAAUCGGUGGAAGUGGUUAAUAAGACCCUAUAAAAGCGGGCUUACUUUUCAGACGGUAACAUCACAAUCCACAUGCUCUGCCGCGUCUAACUAUAUAAAUACACACACUCACUAACACUCUCGCCACAGCACUCGGAUACGUUUCCCCUAAUUUUCUUCUCAGAACUCUGCUGCUACAGAUUGUUUCUCUCUGUAUCUCGUAUUCAUCAUGGCCAAAAUCAAGAUCGGAAUCAACGGAUUUGGAAGAAUCGGCCGUUUGGUUGCCAGAGUUGCAUUACAGAGCGAUGAUGUUGAGCUUGUUGCUGUCAACGAUCCAUUUAUCACCGUUGAGUACAUGUCGUAUAUGUUCAAAUACGACACCGUUCAUGGUCAAUGGAAAAAACAUGAGCUUAAGGUUAAAGAUGACAAGACCAUUCUCUUUGGGGACAAGCCAGUGAAAGUUUAUGGCAUGAGGAAUCCAGAGGAGAUCCCAUGGUCUGAGGCUGGGGCUGACUACGUGGUAGAGUCUACUGGAGUAUUUACCGACCAGGACAAGGCUGCAGCUCACUUGAAGGGAGGCGCAAAGAAGGUUGUGAUUUCUGCCCCAAGCAAGGAUGCUCCCAUGUUUGUUGUUGGUGUCAAUGAGAAGGAAUACAAAUCUGACAUUAAAAUUGUUUCAAAUGCUAGUUGCACUACCAAUUGCCUUGCACCAUUGGCUAAGGUGCUUAAUGACAAGUUUGGCAUUGUUGAGGCGCUGAUGACCACUGUCCAUUCCAUCACUGCAACACAGAAAACUGUUGAUGGUCCAUCGAUGAAGGACUGGAGAGGUGGAAGGGCUGCUUCAUUUAACAUCAUUCCCAGUAGCACUGGAGCUGCCAAGGCUGUUGGAAAAGUUCUCCCUGCCUUGAACGGAAAGCUUACGGGGAUGGCUUUCCGAGUUCCAACAGUUGAUGUUUCAGUGGUGGACCUUACUGCAAGACUCGAGAAAAAAGCCUCGUAUGAUGAGAUUAAGGCUGCAAUCAAGAAGGAGUCGGAGGGUAGCUUGAAGGGUAUCCUAGGAUACACAGAAGAUGAUGUGGUGUCAUCCGACUUUCAAGGCGAUUGCAGGUCUAGCAUCUUUGAUGCCAAGGCUGGAAUUGCGCUUAGCGAGAACUUCGUGAAGUUGGUGUCUUGGUAUGACAAUGAAUGGGGUUACAGCAACCGUGUGGUCGAUUUGGUCAGGCACAUUGCAAAGGCUGGCUGAUGAACAAACCACUUAUCUCUCUCUCUUCAACAUCCCAUUCCCUUGCCUUGGAAUGAAUAAUCGUAGCAGAUAGAUAAGAUAGAUGUUCCUUAAUUUUGAAGAGCAAUUUGUCAUAUGAUAUCCAAAGUUUGAGAAACUUUUGGACCUAAAAUAAGUUUCUGCACUCGGCCUCUCCAACUUUUAUCAGCUAUUUCCUUCCAUCCCCAGAUGAGAGAAAAUUACAAUUUCAAAUGUUUAGAUGAAUGUAAUUUCUCAACACUAUACCAUGUACUUUGGGCAUAAAGGAAAUUCUG